AACCCCCUCGUCCACCUCCCAGUUAGAGACACACCACCCGACCCGAACCCGCCUCCCGGGGGCGGAGCUCACCAGGUGCGGACCCGGGGCGUGGCGUGCGUCUCGGAGCGCCAGGUGCGGCUUCCGUGUCAAGAUGGCCGCCGCCUGCCGCAUUGGAGCCCGGCUCCAGCCCGGAUGCCGCCUUCUUGUCGGGGCCCCGCUGCUUCGCGUCGCCCUCUACCUCCUGUGCUGGGCGCCGGCGGCUGUGGGCGCCGUCCCGGAGCCCGGGCUCUGGGCAGCGACGGUCAACGACAAAUCAGGACCUUUGAUAUUUAGAAAAACUAUGUUUAACUCUACUGAAAUCAGGUUUUCUGUUAAGUCAUUCAGUUGUUCUGGGCCUGUGAAGUUUACCAUAGAGUGGCAUUUGAAGCAUUAUACCUGCCAAAAUGAAUAUUCUAAGCUGGAGGAGGAGCUAUCACAGAAACAGGAUCCUAGUGUUGAUGAAGACUUUUGUGGCCAUUAUUUCAAGAACAUUGAAUGUUGGACAACAAAAUAUGAAAACUUAGACUGCAACAGUGACUUGCAGGUGUUUCCCUCACUGACUAAUAAGGAACUAAUUAUAAAUACCAGAAAUGUUUCAAACCAGGAAAGAUCAACAGAUGUUGUAGCGAGAACACAGAGAGAUGGGUUUCAUAUCUUUAUUGUUUCUAUCAAAACGGAAAAAACAGACGCAAGAUGGAAUUUGAAUGUUUCUCUUUCUAUGAUUGGGCCUCAUGGAUAUAUUUCAGCAUCAGAUUGGCCUCUGAUGAUUUUUUACAUGGUGAUGUGUAUCGUUUAUAUUUUAUAUGGCGUACUCUGGCUGAUGUGGUCUGCCUGUUAUUGGAAAGAUAUAUUAAGAAUUCAGUUCUGGAUCGCAGCUGUUAUUUUCCUGGGAAUGCUUGAAAAAGCAGUUUUUUAUUCUGAAUAUCAAAACAUCAGCAGCACUGGGCUAUCAACCCAAGGUUUAUUGAUAUUUGCGGAGUUGAUAUCUGCAGUUAAAAGGACAUUGGCUCGCCUCCUCGUGAUCAUUGUGAGUCUGGGCUACGGCAUUGUGAAGCCCCGUUUAGGAACAGUCAUGCACCGGGUGGUCGGACUGGGGAUUCUUUACUUUAUCUUCGCAGCUAUUGAAGGCGUGAUGAGAGUUAUUGGGGCAAGUGACUCUGAUCUUGUGCUUCUGGCCAGUCUCCCUCUCUCUCUCCUUGACUCUGGCUUGUGCUGGUGGAUAUUUAUAAGUUUGGCACAAACUAUGAAGACUCUAAGACUAAGAAAGAACACAGUGAAAUUUUCUUUAUACAGGCACUUUACAAAUACUCUGAUCUUUGCUGUACUGGCUUCUAUAGUGUUUAUGGUGUGGACGACCAAGACAUUUAGAAUUGCAAAAUGUCAAUCAGAUUGGAUGGAACGCUGGGUUGAUGAUGCAUUUUGGAGCUUCCUUUUUUCACUUAUCCUUAUUGUAAUAAUGUUUUUGUGGAGACCAUCAGCAAACAAUCAGAGAUAUGCCUUCAUGCCGUUAAUCGAUGAUUCUGAUGAUGAAAUUGAAGAAUUUAUGGUACCAUCUGAAAAUUUAACUGAAGGAAUAAAAUUAAGAGUCUCAAAAACGGUUUCCAAUGGAACAGCUAAACCUGCUACUUCUGAUAAUUUUGAUGAAGAUUUGAAGUGGGUAGAAGAAAAUAUUCCCUCCUCAUUCACAGAUGUAGCUCUUCCAGUGUUAGUGGAUUCAGACGAGGAAAUCAUGACCAGAUCUGAAAUGGCAGAAAAAAUGUUCUCGUCAGAAAAGAUAAUGUGAUUGAAACCCAUAGAAGUGACACAUAGUUAACGGUGAAGGCCUUCCUCAAGACUGAAAGCGGACUUUGUUUUGAUGGAGUGCAACAAGGUUUCAUUGCGUUAUCUUGGAAAUCUGUGUAUUACAACUAAGAAUUCAGGUGGUAUGAGGGUUCUACGACCAUUUUAAGCUGCUCUGGAAUGUCGGCUUCAUGUCCAUCAAAUUGCCUGGAUUUGGAAAUAAUGUAAGAAAAGUAUUAUGAUUAAAAAAAUAUGCCCAAAUCCCCUUAGCUGAGUGGUAAUAGGGACGUGGAUUUGGAUUUUCUCUUUUCUCUGGAAAAUAUGACGGUUCCAGACUUAAAAAUAUUUUUUACAUAAACACUCCUACUGUUCUUCAUUAGCCUUUGAGGUAGAUGAUGUGAUUCUUCUGUAGUAAAGCAGCGUCUCCAUCUCUUGGGUGUAUAGUUACUAGAUGCAAUAAUAAUUUUCUUUGACUUUUAUACUGGAGUGAUUUGAAAUUAAGUACAAUUUGGUUAGCCUUAGAACAUGAGCAUGUUUAUAUGGUUAGCUUUGGUGUGUGUGUGUACGUAUACAUACGGGUCCACACAAAGUCCUUGUUUGUGAAUAUCACCAUGCACACCAAAUCAGAGUUGGGUCCUCUCUGAGCUCAGGGGAACACAAGUACACAGGAAAGAGGUCUUGAUGAUCACUUCCAAGGAUUUGCUCUGUCAUUGUCCCCUCAGGCCAUAUGUGCACGUGCUGCUGCGGAAUCUGUCUGGGGCAGGUGCUAGACAUGUGGCCAUAUCGCAGUUCCUCUCUGGCAAGCUGGGGGGCUUACUACCAGUGACCCUUGUAGAUGCUAGAACACCCUUUACAUAAUCUUGGUUUAUUCAGUUUCAUAAUGAAACAUGUUAUUUACCUGCACAGCAUGUCACUAUUAAUCUUGUAAUAAUUCCUUAACCUUUAAUCAUAUUUUAUACAUCACUUUGUUACAUUAUGUAUAUAAUAUAUGAUUUGAGAAUUUUUUGUUUUAAUAUUUUUUUAAGUGCAGAACAUUCUAAACUUGAAAAGUAGUUGAAUGUAGAAUGUUGGAAAUGUGAAUGUUUUGCUGCUUUCAUGACCAAAGAUACAGGGCUAGUGGACAUUUAGAAUAGGAAUAAAAGUUAGAAUCUUGUAGCUCUUUUUUGAAUCGAGAAUGACUUCAGAGAAUUUUGAUUGAGAAGCAUUUAAAGUCUUAACCAGUACAAACAUUUAAGUAUAACUGUUGAUUUAUUUUCAUUGUGAAGCUACAAAACAGAAGUUUUUCUUUCAAACCUGCCUUUUCGAUUUAUUUCUCAUUUACUCAUGUAAUAGGAGUUAGCAAAAAAAAAUCUAGCAAUAACGUGUCUUGAAAGAUAUUUUCAAAUUUAUUUUCAGUAGGGAACAUUGAACGGUUUGGGGCAUCCUUCCUAGGAAAAGAAUGUCAGUUAAGGUGGGGUCUCUUCUGGUUUUGGUGUAUUUUACCCUGGGCCCAGUUGUUGCAGAACUGGAGGUGACCCUGCCUUCUCAUUCCUAACAUUUUUCUCUACUACCACCCGGAUUUUGAGGCAGACCCCCAACUCGUCAUGGCUCCAGCUGAAGUUUGAAAUAUAACGUCCCGGACUUCUAGCCUGUAGGAGCUGCAGAUGUAGUGGGGCAGACAUGGGGAGGGUCAGUGGUGAGCCUAUAGAAACAUCUCUUUCCGCAGGAAAAGAUAAAGGAUGUGAUGUGUGUAGCUCACCUCCAGGCUGAAAUGCAGACUUUCCUCAUCUUCCACAGUAAGCAGGAUUCCCUUCUGAUAACCUUGUCAGAAAUGUUGUUUUUCAAAGGGCAUGUAUGGUAUCUGUCACUUUCAGUGAUGAUUGUGUCGUCAGUUGAUGUCUCUUGACCUGAACUGAGUAUGCCUGUGGAAGGUCCUCUUAGCCCCCUCACAGAAAUAGGAGGGGGUGUCCUCGGGCUGUAGCUGUGCUUCCUCUGAAGGUCACUGGGGAAAAGGGAUACCAAGGGCCGUUGUCCAGCUUAUUAUCCCAGCUGCUGCACAAAGUGUCCAGGAACUGGUCCUUAGAGCUUUUGAGUUUAUCAGAUCAGUUUGUUCUUGGGUUGCCAUCAAGAUGGGUCUCAAUAUAAAUGAAGGAAUCUGAGUAGAGUCCAGUUUUAUGUGUUUCUAGAGAAAAUGCUCAAGUGUUCUUAUGCAAGUCAUGUUAGAUUUAUAUGAUGUGUGAAAUCUGCUUACAAGGAAAUUUUCAUGAUUUGUGUUAGAUUAGCAUUUAAUUGUCUGCUUUAACAGAUACUUAAUUUAUUUCAAAAAUAAGGAAAAAUAGAGGAAUCGGUGUGAAUGUUUUAAGACUGAGAGAUGAUGAUCCUUUACUUUUCCUGUAAAGAAGAUAAUUUUUAAAUCUUUCAUAUCCUGUAGAGAAAACCAACUUUUCCUCUGUGAUAUAGUACAUUAUGUUUGCACUACUAUAAUGUCAAGACUGAAAGUAUAAAAAAUGUACAUAUAAGAUUAAUUUUUAUAUCUUUUUUUUUAAAGGGGUUUGAGGUGCCUGCCUGGCUCAUUCAGUAAAACAUACAACUCUCGAUCUUGGGAUCAUGAGUUCAAGCCCCACGUUAGGGGUAGAGUUUACUUUAAAAAUAAAUAAAAGGGGUUGAGUCUAUUGCACUAAGCUCUACAUGACUAAUUUAAAGUGGAGAGAUGUUGUGCUAGAUUUAAAAAAAAUAACUAGUUUUCUUAAUGUGUCUUUGUAUGAUCAACAGCAUGCCAUAAGCAAUACAAAACACCAAGCCUUAUACUUACAAGAAAAAAGGUUAACAUACUGGUAAAGUUCUAAACAUAUCAAAUGUACAUAAGUGACAAAGGUAGGAUUUUAAGGAAAUGUCAGUAUAUAGAGAAGCUCAGUACUGCAUUAAGGAACUUCUUCAGAACUAGGAAAGUAUUCCUGUGUUUGAGGAGAAAACUUAGGGGUUUGAGAAGUUAUAUUUUUCUAUUUAAAAGGGUUAAAUUAUUGCAUAAUUUGGAAAAGGUUGCUUUGAAUGUAGGACAAAACUGUUUCAAAGAUUUUUGUUUGAAAAGUUUAUGUAUUUUUGUGCCUUAAUAUUUGUUCUGACUUUUAAUAAAAUGCUUUCUGAAAUUC